ACAAAAACCUAACCCCCAAACAAAUCAAAUUCUUUCAUUCCCUUUCUUCUUCUUCUUCUUCCUUCCUUCCUUCCCUAACCUCUCUGCUUUCCCGUUCUGUUCGUCGUCUCCGAUUUCAAUUCCUGUGUUGCUCCGGCGACGAAGGUGGUCUUAGUUAUUAGUUUCUGCAACCGACUACCCGGAGACGAUGUCUGCUGUGGUGUGCGGAACCAAGAGAUCCUUCUUUGAAGAACUUCCCCCUUCGCCUCCCAUUUCCAAGCGCCUCCGCUGCUCCUCUUCUACUUCUCCCAUUACUUUCCCUGCGCCCUCCUCUCUUAUUGACCACCUCCACCAUUUGUUUCCUCACAUGGACCAUCAGCUUCUUGUAAGAGCCCUUGAAGAAUGUGGCAACGACUUGGAUGCUGCCAUCAAAAGUUUGAGUGACCUGUGUUUGGGGUCUGCUGUUGAGAAUCCUGUUGCUACUGCAGAACCAGAGCCAAAUUUGGAUCAAGGUUCGAUUGCUAACAAUGGAGAGGCUGCAGCUUCUGAGAAUUGUUCAGUACCGAGCAGCGUUUCUCUUGAUGGUAGAAAAUGGAUUGACUUGUUUGUUGUGGAAAUGGCGAGCGCUGUCGACGUAGCUGAUGCUAGGAGUCGUGCAGCAAGAGCAUUGGAGGCUUUAGAGAACUCAAUUAGUGCACGUGCUGGUGUUGAUGCUGCACAAAAUUUCCACAAGGAGAAUAUGCAACUGAAGGAACAAAUUGAAGUACUUCUACGAGAAAAUACGAUUCUUAAGCGAGCGGUUGCGAUUCAGCAUGAACGUCAGAAGGAAUUUGAGGGUAAAAAUAUAGAGUUGCAACAUCUUAAACAGUUGGUAUGUCAAUAUCAGGAGCAGCUCAGAACCCUAGAGAUAAACAAUUAUGCUUUGACAAUGCAUUUGAAGCAGACUGAACAAAGCAGCUCGAUUCCGGGACGCUUCCAUCCCGAUGUGUUCUAGCAAAGAGAAAUUAAUUGAUCUAAAUUAUUGGUUGCAGAAAGAAACUAGUAGAGAGCGUGAGUGAGAGGAGGAAUGGGGAGCAUAUUCAUUAGCAUAUCAGUCUCCUAUGAAUAGAGGUACUGCUAAUCAGUGUGUUUGUUUUUUUUUGUAGCUCGAGUUUCAAACUUGAAUCGUGACUGCUACUGUAGCUUUUUUGAACUUCUAUUGUUUCCCUCAUAGAUUUCAAUUAAAAGUCUUUGUUCAAUUCGAUGAU